CGUGCGUGCAUGCUCACAAAUCCAAACCCCCAAAAAAGCACAUCCAUCCCGUCUGCAAGUAUUAGACGUCAUUCCGCUACCACCCCACACGAGCCCAUUGAACCCCUCCAUCGCAAACGUGCAUGCCGCCAAAGUAUAUCUAUCCCGGCAGCUCCCCUCUUCUCCCUCCGUCGACCCCGUUGAGUCCAGUCCGCCCCGGCACUGUCGAUGAACCCACUCGCCCUCUCCUCCCGCGCUUCGUUCCACGCCUCGAGAGCCGCUCCGCUGCGCCUAGCUUCACUCUCCCGGCAUUUGUCCACGUCCGGGCCGACCACCACCACCACCAUGGCUCCCGUAACCAAGGAGGCCGACUACCUCGUCCUCGGCGGCGGAAGCGGCGGCCUGGGCUCUGCCCGCAUGGCCAGCGGCAAGUUCGGCACCAAGGCCAUCGUCGUCGAGGCUAAGCGGCUGGGUGGAACUUGUGUCAACGUCGGCUGCGUUCCCAAAAAGGUCACCUUCAACGCUGCGGCCAUCGCCGAGGCCAUCCACGACUCCAAGGCCUAUGGCUUCUCCGUGCAGCAGACGGCGCCCUUUGACUGGACCACGUUCAAGCACAAGCGUGACGCCUACGUCAAGCGCCUCAACGGCAUCUACGAGCGCAACCUGAACAACGACAAGGUUGAGUACCUCCACGGCUGGGGGAAGCUGGUGUCCAAGAACCAGGUCGAGGUCACCCUCGACGAUGGGUCCAAGGUGCUGGUCAACGCCAAGAAGAUUCUCGUCGCCGUCGGUGGCCGCCCGAGCUCGCCUCCCAAGAUCCCCGGCGCCGAGUUCGGCAUCAACAGUGAUGGAUUCUUUGAAAUCGAAAAACAGCCCAAGAAGGUGGCCAUUGUUGGCGCUGGCUACAUCGCCGUCGAGUUUGCAGGCAUGUUCAACGCCCUCGGCACCGAGACACACCUGAUCAUCCGGCACAACACCUUCCUUCGCCACUUUGACCCCAUGAUUCAGGAGUCAGUCACCAAGGAGUAUGAGCGCCUCGGCGUCCACCUGCACAAGAACUCCAACACCACAAAAGUGGAAAAGGAUGCCAACGGCAAGCUCACGGUGACCUACAAGGACGACAGCGGACACGAGAGCUCUGUAUCUGACGUCGAUGAGCUGAUCUGGGCUGUGGGUCGCGUGCCCGAGACCAGUGGCAUCGGCCUGGAGGAGGCUGGCGUUAAGCUGAAUGAGAAAGGCUUCGUCGUUGUCGACGAGUACCAGAACAGCAGCGUCGACAACAUCUACGCCCUCGGCGACGUGACAGGUCAGGUCGAGUUGACCCCCGUUGCCAUCGCCGCUGGCCGCAAGCUCGCGCACCGCCUUUUUGGCCCGCCAGAGUUCAAGGCGGCCAAGCUCGACUAUAGCAAUAUCCCGUCCGUCGUCUUCGCCCACCCCGAGGUAGGAAGCAUCGGCUUGACGGAGCCGCAGGCUAUCGAGAAGUACGGCAAGGAUAACAUCAAGGUCUACAAGACGGGGUUUACGGCCAUGUACUACGCCAUGAUGGACCCGGAGCAAAAGGGCCCAACCAACUACAAGCUCAUCACCACUGGCCCCGACGAGAAGGUCGUUGGCUUGCACAUCAUGGGCCAGGGCAGCGGAGAGAUGCUGCAGGGCUUCGGCGUUGCCGUCAAAAUGGGUGCCACCAAGGCCGACUUUGACAGUUGUGUUGCCAUUCACCCCACGAGCGCCGAAGAGUUGGUGACGUUGAAGUAAUAGACGAUAGAGAGCCAAGAUGGGAAUGAGCUUGUCUCGAGUGUUUAGAAAGCACAGGGACGGGACUUGAGUGUUGUCGCUGCAAUGGAUGGAGGAUGAGGGUGGUGGCCCUAUCUGAGAUACUUGUUUGUAUGAGCUGCUUUGCACGAGUCAACGACUAUGCCAUGUGCAUCAUAGCACUCAGGCCGCCCAUGAUGACUGUAUAGCUCCGAUACAAAAUCCUGGUCAGAUUUCCUGACGCGGUUCCUGCUUUGAUGUUAUCCCCACGCGUCCGAGC